AUUCUUUAUUGUUGGCUUUGCUCUUAGGAAUUAAAUAAUAAUGUUAUUGUAAGGCUGGAGAAUAUCUAGCGAACACGGUAAAUAUUUAAUAUUAACAGUAUUCGUGGUGUAAUUGAUGCAAGAGAGAAUCCGCUCUAGAGGGCCGGACGCUCUCCAUCAUCCAUCGCAAGUCCGAUAUUGCCAGCUUGUUGGACAAGAUAUUUAACAGGGCCACAAUCUAGAUGAGCGACACGUUUGGGCCGAGGCCCUCAGACUUUAUAAGAGCUGAGCCGACGAUGGCCAGCACAGAAAACGGGCUCACAAAAUGAAAAGUCUGCGCUGCAAGAUCCUACAGGUGGCUGUGAUGCUGAUGCUGGCUGCUUUGCAGUUGGGGGCGGAGCACUUGGACCGCGACAGCGAUGACUGCGGCUGCGGGCGGCGGGGCUGAGAUGAGACAUCAAUAAACAAGCGACGAGCAAUGCA